AUGAGCGCCUCGCCUUCGCUCAACGUGGAUGCCCGGGACCUACGUCUCCGGGGUAACAGCCCGAUGUCCAAGAAGGGCCAGAGCCCCACCGCCGUCCCCGAGGUCUCCACGGGCUGUGGUAGCGAAAAGGUCGCGCGAGGCAUAGCCACGGGUUCUCGGCGGCUGACCAAGAUCGCGGGCCUAACGCUGUUCGGGCUCAUCUUCCUCCUCGCUUUUUUGGGCUGGCCGGGAGCACUCAUCGAAGAUGACGCGACUCACAGGAAGAUCCUCGCGUCACUUUUCCUGACCGGAAUCACAUUGGUUGCUUUGGAGGACGUCAUUCGGCUCGACAAGGCGGCCAUCAUGCUAGUCUUGGCCUCCGUCAUGUGGACCUACCAUGCCGCACAGAAGCAUCCGACCAAGUCCCAAGAAGGGCACGAGCUGCUUCAUCACGAGCUAUCCAAAGGCUUGACGGACGUCGGAAGUGUGAUUCUCUUCCUUCUCCCUGCCAUGGGCAUUGUGGAGUCCAUCGACCACAUGGAUGGUUUCGCCGCCGUCACGUCUUUCAUCGUCCGAUACACCCAAGAUCACCCGGACCGGUUGAUGCCAAUGAUUUGCACCCUUGCCUUCUUCUUGAGCUCCGUCAUCGACAACCUCACCGCCACCAUUGUGUGCAUCAAGAUCCUGAAGCGCGUGGUACCUCACAAUCAGGACUGGAGGCACUCUUGUGGAGGGGUCGUGGUCGUCGCGGCCAAUGCUGGAGGCGCUUGGAGCCCCAUCGGGGAUGUGACGACGACCAUGCUUUGGAUCCAGCACAAGAUUUCAACCUUCGGGACUGUGGUAUGGCUUUUCUUUCCUUCGCUCGUUGCUGGCUUUGCCCCGCUCUUUGGCAUCUGGUGGCAGGCCAAAAAAUGCCAGAAGGGUUCUCUGCGGGACGAUGCGAAGCGCGACGUGAGCACAGCCUCCAGCACGAACGGUACUGCGACCUUGAUUGUGGGAAUGCUGUGCAUCCUGAUGGUGCCGGUUGUGAAGAUGGUCACUGGGCUGCCUCCUUAUCUUGGUAUGAUGAUGGCUUUGGGUGUCUUCUGGCUGGUCGCCGAAAUCUGCGAGUUGGGUGCGGUUACGGACGGCGAUGAGGAGGCGGGGACGGCGCACUCGCUUCGAGGUGUCCCUGCGGCGUUGCACAAGGUGGACUUGAGCAGCCUGCUCUUCUUUACGGGCGUCUUGCUUGGCGUGGCAGCCCUAGAGUCAGCAGAGGUCCUUGAGCGCUACGCCAAGUUCAUGGAAGAGGUCACCCACGGCAGCUCCUUGCUCUUAUGCUCCCUUCUGGGCAUCUCCUCGGCUGUGGUUGACAACGUUCCGCUGGUCCAGGCAUCCAUCGAGAUGUUCAAGGAGCCGAUGGAUUCACCGUUGUGGCAGCUGACUGCACUCGCCGCUGGAACCGGAGGUUCCAUGCUGGCCGUCGGCAGCGUCGCAGGUCUGGGCGUGACUUGCGAGGUUCAGGUCAAACACGCCAAGAGCCAACUUGGACCAAAGUCGCGCUACAUCGGAAGCUUGCUGGGUUUGCUGGGCUUGGUCUUCGUGAUCUCGAAGCGGGUCCCGCUCUUUGGGACCGAUGGCACCAACCACCGGAGAUUGUCUGAGGCGACUUCGCCCCAGCUUGCCAGCUCUGGAUGCUGCCGCUUCGCCAAGGAGUUCGAGGGCGUGGAUUGGCACGAUGCGAAGACUCGGGCAGAUUACAUGGCGAAUGUGAUGUACGUGGAGCGUGGCUUUCUUGGAGGAGCAGCUAAGCUCUCUUUCGAUCCCGACACCGGCAUGACCUAUGACGGCGUUGGACUGGACGACAGCACUGGCGAAGUCCAGCAUGGAACUCUCCGAACUUUCUCGGCACCAUCCAAAGAGGCUCUGCAUUUGAGCCUGCUUGCGUUGGCCCUUCAGCCCGUCGAGGACGUGCCUGCGGAGCUGGCCACAGUGUUUCCUUUGCUUUACAGCGCCGAUGAGGCACUCGACAUCCUGGACAAGAAGGCCAAGACCAUGGAGGACUUUGACGCAAACUACCCAGGUUUCGGGGGCUUCCUGCCUUGGUUCUGUUCUCGUGGCAUCAACAAGGCGGGGCAUUGCAAGACCCUUGCAGACCCUGGAACCAAGAUGACCCCGGUGUCCGGCUGGGAAAGGACCCUGCCUGGCCUGGAUAACGGCCAGCUUGCAUUUGGCGCUGCUGCCGUGGUACAUGUUCUGGAACGCCGUGCUAAGCAGGAAGGCACCUCCAGUCGGUUUGCACAGACGGCCCGGCGCUGGAACGCUCGCUUGGAGCGGAUGAAGGAAUCCGUUGUCAACUUGUUCUACAAUGGAGCCGGCUUGGUGCGCAUGGUCAGCGAGCUCGACAACGUCACAGUCGAUAUUGCCAAGAAUGCCUCCAAUGCUCACAACGAAAACGGCUUGUUUCUUUGGGAUGCCUUCGAAGGGGAGAUGAUUGUCCUCUUCUUGGACAUCUUUGGCAACUGGACCAAGUACCCAAACAAUGGUGAGGAGGAGAAGAAGCUGAUGUGGAAGAUCAAGGCGGAACAUGUCGAGCCUGUUGUGUACACAGCCGCCGACGACACGAAGAUGGUUCUGCAGAAAGGGUAUUGGUUCUCAGCACAUGAGCAGUGGAAAACCUUGCAGCUCCCCUACAUGGAUAUCCCACUGGUCAAGCACCUUUUCGCAAACGGUGAGUUCGCACGCUUGGAGAAUUCCGUGCGAGAGCAGCUGCCUGGCCUCAUGGCAUCGGUGAAUGCACCCAACGGUGUGCAAUGUGAUGCCCAUCCCUACUGCAGCGCUGUAGGAAUCCAGUCCUUGGCCGAAGAGCCCGUUUUCAGUUUCAAAGAGUCGGAGACAGUCCUUACCCCCUACGCCGCUUUCCCUUCGAUUUUGGUGGAUCCAGCUGCUGGGCUUGCAUGGUACAACCACAUGCUGGCCAUGCCGCGGGUGCAAACACCUGUUGGCAGCAUUGAGUCAUUCACAGUCACUGGGAAAGCCGUUGCCCCCAUGGCGACAUGGGACGCCAAGGUUACGACCGUUUUGGCCAUGCUUGGCGGAACGGGGCCCCUGCUACGCACUUACAUGGAGGAGCGGGGAGUCUACGGCAUCUUCGAAGAUCGUGUGAAGUCCAUGUACGAGCCGGUGUUCAAGCCAGUUAUUACAUCUGUAAUGCCCGGCAAGGCCUCCGUCGACCUGCACAUCGCGCAGCUCCCGCAGCUGCCCUGGCCGGCACCUCAUCCCGCAAGCAAGGAGUCUGUGCCGGAGGACUUUCCGAGCUGCCGCUGCCUCGAGCACGAGAGCGCGCCCGGCUUCCUGCAGCCGAAGAAUCCCUGA